AUGUUCGGCCAACAAAAACAACCUGAUCAGUAUGCUUAUCAGCAAUACAACUCUAACAGUACGGCGGGGUGCGCUACCACCUAUGCGUACAAUAAUACCCAACCUCAAAACUUCAAUGCCCAAUCAUACUCAUACCAACAGCAAUCUGACUUUUCCAGCACAGCACAAAAUACCCAGGAACCCCAUUCAUACCACCAGAAUUCAGAUUACCAAACAACCCAAACUCCCUCGGUUGUUCCCUCUGCGCGCUGGUCAUGGUCACUCUACCCUACCAACCGAUUAGAUGGGCUUCGAAUGGUGGUGCCACUUGGUUGUAUGUACACUCCUUUGGAUAAUCCUUGUCCAGAGCUCUACUUUAAACCGGUCAUAUGCACGGUUUGUAAUGCGGUUUUAAAUCCAUACUCUGGGCUAGAUCUUGCCACGCGAACUUGGAGUUGCCCAAUGUGCCUCACCAAGAAUAACUUACCACCGAUGUAUGCCCAUGGUGAUGAGCCCCAUAAUUGGGUUGAGCUAGUGCAAAGAAAUGCAACCGUAGAGUAUGUCAAUCAGGAACCGCGGCGACACCCUCCAACCUUCGCCUUUGCGGUUGACACUUGUCUGGAUACUCAGGAGGAGGUCGAGGGGCUUAAAGAGUUUCUGCGUCUGGUACUGGAAAAGAUACCAGAAAAUGCCAAUGUGUGCUUGGUCACUUAUGGUGCUGCAGUUCAACUGCACGAGAUCACAGGUGCAACACAAUACCCACGCAGUAUUGUGUUUCGAGGAUCACAGGAAAUAUCCCCCGCCUUUCUUGAAAAGUCCUUAGUAUUUACCGAUCGCUAUGUUGCGCCGCUCUCGACAUGCGCUGCGGUCUUCACCUCGCUUAUCGAUAACUUAUCCUGCGACCUCUGGCCUGUGGCGAAGGCACAGCGGGCCUUGCGCUGCACCGGAGCGGCCAUCUCUGCCGUGGCGAGUCUUCUCAAACUCACUUCGUCCGGGAUUGGAUCCUGUAUAUUAACGUUUAUGUCAGGCGUGUGUACUGUGGGCCCCGGCAUUGUGGUCGAUACGAGCCGCGAACACACAAUUCGAGGUCAUAAAGACAUCCGUGAUGGGACCAAUGCGGCGAAGCACUGGACGGAAUCCUGCGCCUUUUACGACAAACUUAUGCAACGAAUCGUUGAGCAAGGCCACGCUCUCAACUGUUUCGCGGCAAGCCUGGAUCAGCUUGGCAUCGCUGAGAUGAAGCAGUGUAUUCAAGCUUCCGGCGGUGUUGUGUUAAAUUCGGAAUCGUGGCGACAGAAACCGUUUCGAGUUUCUCUCAACCAUUUCUUCUCGCGAAAAGCAUCAAAUGACGCACUCCUAAUGCGACUCAACGCGACUUUCGACGUUAUUACGUCUCCGAGUUGGAAAGUGCUGGGGGUUAUUGGACAGUGUAUAGGAACCGGAAAGAAAUCAGCGUCAGUGGGGGACCAUGAGAUCGGGAUGGGUGGCACGUGCCAGUGGACGACUUGUAUGCUAGACUCCCAUAGCACCUUUGCUGUUUACUUCGACACCAGUCCAAGUCAGACUAACGCGGCUCAAAAACCAUUCCGGUACGUACAGUUCAUCACGCGCUAUGAACAGGGUAAUCAAAUCCGCACACGCGUGACGACGCUCGCUCAUAAGCAGCAGCAAAAUCCACCAAUCCAAGACAUUGUGGCGGCGUUUGAUCAAGAAGCCGCUGCAGUGCUUAUUGCCCGUCAAGCAAUUCACAAUACUGACAGCAUGCCCCUUUUCGAUGUUUUGCGUUGGCUGGAUCGAACCUUGGUACGUCUGGUUAGUCGUUUUGGAAACUACACAAAAAAUCAGCCAAGCACUUUACGUUUACCAGCAGAAUUUGUUUAUUUUCCUGCCUUUAUCUAUCAUCUGCGUCGGUCUGGUUAUCUUCAAGUAUUCAACUCAAGUCCAGACGAAAGCUCAAUUUUGUGGCUGCAGCUCUUAAAGUCCUCUACCACCGAUUCGAUUGUGCAGAUUCAGCCGACGCUGUAUAGCUACCGCAUGGACGCGCCCCCGCAAUCGGUCCCACUCGACAGCACCGCCAUUCAGCGCGAUAACAUACUUUUGUUGGACACUUUCUUUGAAGUGUUGGUGCACCACGGGUCGACGGUUGUAGAUUGGGAACGUGCUGGCUAUGCCAAUAUGCAGGAGUAUGCCUACUUCCGUGAAUUCUUAGAUAUCGCGUUAGCAGAUGCUAAAAUGCUUGUAGACAGCCGUUAUCCUACACCGAGGCUCAUAGUUGUCUGCCAAGAUGAUCCUGAUUCGCGUAUAUUGUUCAACCGCAUCAAUCCUAGUCACUCGUACUCGUCUGCUGAAAAGAAUAAGUACGGAUCGCAAGAGGGUGAACUGGUGUACACUGAUGACGCGUCGCUUCAAAUAUUUAUGGAGCAUUUGAAAAAGCUCGCGGUAUCGUCGUAG